AUGUACACGACGGUGACCCAUUGUCUGAUUAUGUUUCUGCUGGCCCACCCCAGACCAAAGCGCGUGGAUCAGCAGCCACGGCCGGUCACGCGCCACCAUGCCGCGCGCACACUGAGCGCAUCAGUGGAGCCGCUGAUGGAGGAGCCGCGGGCCGGCGGCGGGGCCCCCCCGCAGGGCCCGCAGGCCCCGCAGGGCCCCCGCAACACCACCUUCUUCAUCUCCGACAUCCUCCGCCCGGACUUCGGCCGCCGGAAGGAGCGGGCGCCCUCCCGGGCCGACGGGCCGCCCGACACACCCGGGACGCCCUGCUCGGACUCCGGCUGCGCCGCGGACGGAGCGGGGCCCCCCGCCGCGGGCCCCGCGGGGCCCCCGCAGCCCAAAGCCGAGCAGAGGCCGAGCAGCGGCGGCGCGGAGGAGGCUGAGUGCCCGCUGAUGGAGCUGAGCAGCAGCGGAGCGGCGUCCCCCGCCGCGGAGCCGCUGCUGUGGCCCGCCUGGGUCUACUGCACCCGCUACUCCGACAGACCCUCCUCUGGUCCAAGGACGCGGAAACUCAAGAAGUCCAAGAGUGGCAAAGAGGACAAGCGGCCACGCACGGCCUUCACGGCGGAGCAACUGCAGCGGCUGAAGACAGAGUUUCAGGUGAACCGCUACAUCACGGAGCAGCGGCGCCAGGCCCUGGCCCAAGAACUGCACCUGAAUGAGUCCCAGAUCAAGAUCUGGUUCCAGAACAAGCGUGCCAAGAUCAAGAAGGCCAGCGGCUUCAAGAACGGCCUUGCUCUGCAGCUGAUGGCGCAGGGGCUCUACAACCACUCCACCACCACCAUCCAGGAAGAAGACAAGGAGGACAGUGACUGAGGGUCCGCUGGACCGCGUACACGUGCACACGUGUUGUAAAUACAGAACUCGAACAUGAGUUUUGACAGAGACGAUGAGGAGCUCGAUGUGUUUCCUUGACUGCUAACGUUACCUGCCGGAAAAAAACCAAAGAUUUUCAACAACUGAAGCACCGGUUUCAUAACUCUGGUUCUGGAAAUCAGAAAUGUUUUAUUUUUUUUUGGACUCCGUUCCCCAGAAAAUAAACAAAAAGAAAUGGAUUAAGACAUCAGAUGAUGCUGUGGCCCUCUGUGGGAACUUUUUAUAGACUUUCUAAUCAGAAACCCACAAACAAAGAGCAUGAAAGAAAACCUUCGGAUGCAGGUAAACGUGUGCACCACCGAACCAAAAAGCUGCGUAUAAUAAACAUCAAAUGGAUCGGUUUCCAGAACUCAAAAAUCCAUAUUCUAUUCACAAGAGAACAUAGAAAACAUUUCAGAUGUUUAAACUAAGAAAAAGUAUUAAACAGAUGUUCAUCUAGUUUGCAGUUCUGAAAGUCUGGACUGGGAAGGGCCGGUUAAGACUCUCCGACCACAAGCUCAUUAGAUCUGAACGCAGAAAUACAGAUGUCACAUCACCCCGACCCUGCCAAGUGGUCAACCGCUAAUGUGUUCAAAAUGAUCAAACCUGGACAAAUACUGUUAUGCAGCCCCCACCCAGAUGUCUGAACAUCUGGAUAAUAAUCUAUGAGAUAGAAGCACAAAUAUCUGUGUGAACAUUCUCCACCUGAAUGUUCACAUAUCCAGAUAUUCAUCCCACUAAAAUGCUAAAAUAUAACAUAACAAUAUUUAUGUCCAUAAGUCACAGUUGGUAGUGUAACUACGAAUCUUAGUGAUACAAUCUACGACGAUCUUCUACGUAAUCUCCGUCUGAAUACUUUUAAAGGUUUCUGAUUUGGUAUUGGCUAAACAGCAUCCAAACUGCAAAAUACAUUCAGCAGCAUGUUAUAUUAUUUACUGCACUAAAAAAAUUACUACAGAUAAUAAUAAUACAUUCUGUGUCUGAGACAAGCCCCACGUAUUUAUUGUAAUGUUCGACCAAAACUCACAAGCCCUUAAAUUACCUUUGAAGUGCUCAAGAAGCUGUGAUGGACGCAGUGUGUACUUGAGCAUUGUCUUGCUGAAAGAUGUAAGACCUUCCCUGAAACAAUCGUUGUCCUGGACACACCCUUCAACAUGGAUGGAGGCCAGCUGUCCACUCGGGAGACACUAGUACAGCUCCGGUAAACCGGCUGGUCCCUGUCUUCUUGUUUCAGGCUGGAGCUUUGACCUGGCUCGGUUCCUGGGCGUGUGGCUGAGCCCACAGCCUGACCUCCAUUACACCACCACGCAGCAACGCUCACAAGCAUCCUUGUCCCCUGCCCACAGAAAUGUCUUUAAACGCUUCAGAUCUUUGCCAGAUGUUCCUCCAGGUGUUUCUUUUUAGUACCAUGUAGUUUUCCAGCCUUUUGCGGCUCAUCUCCCAACUUUUUUAAGACAACAAAAUGGGCUGCUAUUUUUCUUUAAAUGGUAAAAUAUGGGUUUAUGAGAUUUGUAAAUGAUUAUAUCCUGGUUUUAUUUA